AUGUAUUUAGACUUCUCUAAGAGCCUCGGUAUUGGCUCGCUCACUACCAUGCUUCUCUCCGCAUUCUCCCCACGAGAGCGUGCUCUCGUUGAUCAUCAGCCAGCGCUACCUCCAUCUUAUCCGCUGGCCGUCCGAAGUCCCUAUCUCUCGGCAUGGAUGCCCAGCGACCAGGUUCAGACGUUGCCGUAUGCGGAGCCUCAGUUUUGGGCGGGACAGAGUCUCACCUGGUCGGUCAUGGCUCGCGUCGAUGGCCAGGCGUACAGUUUGAUGAGCGUUAAAAAUCCCGGCGAGAACAUCCGUCCAGCUAUCGUUCGAAGCGCCGAGUAUACCGCGACACAUUCGGUCUUCAAUCUUUCCGCUGGUUCGGUGGUUUUCACUCUGGACUUUUUCUCGCCCAUAUCGCCCUCAAACUAUCUGCGACAGUCCCUCCCUUUCAGCUACUUGACUGUUUCUGUAUCGGAGGGUUCUUCCAAGAGCAUCCAGAUCUACUCUAGUAUUGACGGAAGAUGGACGGGCAAGCCACAACACACUACACGUGGUUUCCGCGAAACCGGCUCCACGGCCAACGGUGUCCCUUACUCUGAAGCGAUAUUCGCCUCUCGCCCGACUUCCAAGUCCAAGCUCUCCUUCUCAUCCGGUAAACGUGGCGACGUGCGUUCUCAGUUUUCAUGGGCUCCAGGAGGGAUUGUAGCCCUUUCGCACGACUUAGGAAGGGUUGACAGUGGAGAUUCAGUGACAUUUGCCUCCAUUAAUUACCUGGGAAAGCCAUACACCGGAUACUACCGAUCGCAGUACCCGGAUAGCCACGAAGCAGUCUCUUAUUUCCUUGACGACUAUCCCGCCGCUCUGCAGGAGUCUCGGGUGCUCGAUACGGAGAUGGCCAAGCAAGCCAAAGCAGCGGCUGGCCAAAAGUACGCCGAUAUAGCGUACGGAGGAAUAGAGGUGACCAUUCCUAAUGACACUCUGGACACCACCGAUGUUCUGGCAUUCAUCAAGGAGCUUUCCAGCAAUGGUAACCUCAACACAGUGGAUGUUAUCAUGCCCGCCUUCCCGAUCUACUACGUUCUGGACCCGGACUACAUCCGCCUUCUAUUGGAACCGAUGAUGAGAUACCUGGCUGCUGGCCGCUGGCAGAAGCCGUAUCAUUACCCCAAUGCUAUCGGGCAUGACAAUCAGAAGGCCGAGCCAAUGCCGAUCGAGGAAUGUGGAAAUCUAAUGGUACUGGUCCUGGCCUACGUGCGAGCAACGGGUGACACCGAAUGGGUCGCCCAGUACACCGACCUUCUUAGGGGCUAUGCGGACUAUUUGGUCGACAAUGGUGUUGAUAUCACCAAGCAGCUGUCUUCCAAUGACGCGGCUGGUGCACUUGCCAAUGAGACGAACCUUGCCAUCAAGGCGGCCGUCGGUAUCAAGGCAUUCGGCGAACUGACGGGACUUUCCGAAUACUCUGACAUCGGGGAAGCGCGAGCGGAUCUAUUCUUCACCCAGGGCCGUGGAACAGACGAGAAUAAGACACACUUCGUGCUGCAAUAUCCCGAAAAGCCAGCUUCGUGGAAAAUUCCAUACAACCUCUACCCAGAUGUAUUACUUGAUCUGCAGACCUUCCCUAAAGCGGCAUACGAAAUGGGAAAUACCUUCUUCAAGUCUGUUCGAGCGGAAUAUGGAGUUCCGUUGGAUAACCGGCAAGACUGGGCCAAGUCGGACUGGAACAUGUGGCUGGCAGGCACGUUUGAUGCCGACACUCGGUCCGAUUUCAUGACCAAUGGAAAACACAACUGGCCGUUCUCCGAUCGGUACGUUGCCACAUCCGCCAAGGGACGGAGCCCUGGGGUGCCUGUGUUGUGCCGAGCUCGCCCAACAGUGGGUGGGCCCAAGCAGGUGUUUGGUGAAGGAGGCAACAAAGGAGGCAGUGACAGCCAGGAGAUUCUUUUGAACCAGGGAGAUAAUCUCUUGCCCCGUCCUCCACACAACUUCGGUCCUCAAGGCUAUCCCCUCCCCAACGGUGCUGUUCCUUCUGGUCCCGUCCCCGGCGCCGCCCCUCUCCUUCCCAACAAUGGUCGAAUCAUUCAGAAUGGUCCCGUCAGAGUGCUGUGCAUUGCGGACGUGCGAGGUAAUCUGAAGUCCUUGAAUGAGUUGGCCAGGCAGGCCCGUGCAGACCAUAUCAUCCACACUGGUGACUUCGGUUUCUACGAUGACACUUCGCUCGAGCGCAUUGCAGACAAGACUCUUAAGCACGUGGCUCAAUACUCACCCCUGCUCCCCGAGAAUGUCAAGCGCACGAUCGCCCAGACUCCUCCCCAGCAGUCGAUCAAGCAACGAUUCACCCCCGAUCAGCUACCCCUCUCAGAGCUUCCCAUGCUGCUCGACAAGCGUCUCACCCUCGAUGUUCCUGUCUACACUGUCUGGGGUGCUUGCGAGGAUGUUCGCGUGUUGGAGAAGUUCCGUUCGGGAGAGUACAAGGUUGACAAGCUGCACAUCAUCGAUGAAGCCAACUCGCGGCUGCUCGACAUUGGCGGUGUGAAGCUCCGUCUUCUGGGUCUGGGUGGAGCCGUUGUUAUGCACAAGUUGUUUGACAAUGGCGAGGGCAAGACUACUAUUGCUGGUGGUCAAGGCACCAUGUGGACAACCCUGCUGCAAAUGGGAGAGCUGAUUGACACAGCAAACCGUGUAUACGACCCCUCAGAGACCCGGAUUUUCGUCACGCACGCGUCGCCGGCUCGUGAGGGCAUGCUGAACCAGCUGUCGGUCACGCUCAAGGCCGAUUUCUCCAUCUCCGCUGGCUUGCACUUCCGUUACGGCUCGUCCUACAACGAAUUCUCCGUCAACCCCUCCCUCGACCACUACCGGGGCAAGCUCGCCGCUUCCAAGGCUUCCUUCAAUGAUGUGUGGGAGACCGUCCGCGGCGAGGUCGAGGCCGCCAUCUCGCAGAACGAAGCUCAGAAGACUUUGCUCGACAAUGCCCUGGAGGUGGUCACCAAGAUGCCUACCGUUGCCAACGGUGGCAACCCGUUCGGUGGACCUGCUGCUCCCGGCAACGCAGCUGGCCAGGUCGACGAAAGCGCCUUCAAGAACAUGUGGAACUUCAACUUGGCGGACGCAGCAUUCGGCUUCUUGGUGCUUGAGAUCGAGUCGGGCCGCAUCGCUACCGAAAUGCGCGCUCAAGGAUUCAACUUUGCCCACCGUACUGGCAAGCCCCAGCCCGCUGGCCCAGCCCAGCCCGCUCCCGUCCCCGCUGGCGCCCCCGCUGGCAUUGCCUCGCCUCGCGUUCCCGGAGCUGCUCCCCAAUUCGGUCAGGCCCAACCUGUUCCCGCCCGCACGGGUCCCCUGCCCCAACAGCAGGCCCCAGCUCAGGCCAAGGCUCCUGCCGCCGCUCCCGCUCGUACAUCCCCCGUUCCCGUGAUCCCUAAGCCUGCUACGCCGCAGCCUGCCACCGCCCCUGCUGCGCAGCCCGCCGUGACGUCCCCGGAGAGAACCACGACCACCGAGGCCAAUGGUACCGCUCAGCCUGAGAAGCCCUCUGAAUCUCCGCUGCCCAAGAUUGAGAAGAAGCAGAGCAACGGCCUCUUCGUCUCGAACGUUGAGAAUGAACAAGCUGUGCGUGAUCUCUUCCCUGAGGAAGACAAGGCCAAGAUCACAAAGGUUGAGAAAUGGGGCAAAUACAACAACCAUGUCGUCCACUUCGCGACUGUCGAGGAGGCCAAGGCUGCUCUCGAUCGCCAGCCUGCCGAGCACAAGAAGCCUACCCCUGCCGGUCAGCCCCGUAAGCCCAACAUCAAGUUUUUCGAAGACCGGGGCAGCCACCGCGGCAAUGCCGGUACAUGGCAGAGCAGUAACCGUGGUGCCAACGCCCCCCAGCGCGGGUACCAGAGCGGAGGUGCCAGUGACAGCGAGACUAACCGCGGACGUGGAUUCCGUGGCCGAGGUGGUGCUGGCCGCGGCGACCGGGGCGGACGUGGCGGCCGUGGUGGUCGCGGUGGGUUCAACAAGGGAGGUGCUCCGACUUCAGACUCGGGACCAGGCGACAAGCCCGCUGCAACUGGAGGCGACGCUUGA